AGAGAAAUGAACAUGGCGACGAAAACUGGCGUGAAUGUAAAUGCAGGCACAAGAGCUAAUGCAACUAGUUUCCAGAAGAAGUCCCGCAGUAAACUCGUCUCCAUCUCAGGAACAAGACCGUCUGUUCAAAACGGGCAGCUUCUAGUGUCUACCGGGGUCACGUCACUUGAUUAUGUGAUAGGGGGUGGAUUAGCUGUUGGAACCCUACUGCUUAUUGAGGAAGAUAAAUAUGACAGCUACUCCCGCAUGUUGCUGAAGUAUUUCCUUGCCGAAGGUGUUGUCUGUGGCCAUUCUCUUUUCAUAGCUUCAUCCAGAGAUCAUCCGGGUGAUAUUUUGCAGGAACUUCCAGCCCCCUUGCUUGACGAGAUCUCAAAUUCAGAAGUGGAAAAAGAGUUAGCAAAUGCAGGUGAUUCUUCGACGGAAACGCAGGACUCCAUGAAAAUAGCAUGGCGGUAUCAGAACCUACCCAAAGUACAGACUACUCUGGCAUCAUCGUCAAGAUUUGGUCACUACUAUGAUGUUUCCAAAUCAAUGAGUACUGAUAUGUGUGAGGCAGCCACAUGUCACAGCUUCUUCCUUCCUAAUGAGCUGCCUUUGGAAUCUGCUGCAGAAUCAAGUAAUAUGAACAUGGGCUAUAUCAAGCUGCUGCGAUCCAUCCAGGGAGUCAUCCACAAGGAAGGAUUUGACGGAGCCGGUCCCCAGAACAAGCCAAGAAGCAUUCUCAGGAUCGGAGUCCAUUCGCUUGGGUCAGCCCUGUGGGGUGAUGAUGAUAUCUGUUGUAAAGAGAACCCAGAACAUGCCCACAGCCUGACGACAUUUCUGUACAGCCUGCGUGCACUUCUCCGAACAUCACUUUCUGUUUGUAUGGUUACAGUGCCUUCACACCUUAUCCAGAACAAGGCAAUUAUGGGACGCAUAACGAAGUUGUGUGAUACAGUGGUCAGUCUGGAGUCAUUCAGCGGCUCGGAGAGGGAAACUAACCCUCUUUACAAGGACUAUCAUGGUUUGUUACACGUGAAGCAGAUUCCUCAUCUCAACAGUUUAAUGUGUGAAGUUCCUGACACAAAGGAUCUUGCCUUUAAAUUAAAGAGAAAGCAGUUUACUAUAGAGAGACUGCAUUUACCUCCAGACUUGUCAGACACAGUGAGCCGUUUGAGCAAACAGGACCUGGCAGAGUCUGCCAAACUCCUGGGAUUGGGAUGUGGCACCACGGCCACAGGCAAGAAGCACCUGGACUUCUAGUGGUUUCUAUUUAACCAUUUAACGAGCAAUUUCAUUUGUAAACAAGCUCUAAUGUGUUACAAUCUGAUGUCUCGGCAGUAAAACAGACAAACACAAAACAGUGGGCUCUUCGAUUGGCAACAGAUUAUUUCACUGAAGUGAUCAACGUGAUUGCCUUUAUUACUUCCCAAACUAUAUCCAAAUGUUAAAUCCAUUGUAUUUAGCAGCAUUUUUGAAUGCUUUAUUUUUAAAAAGCACAAAUUGUUACCCAUUUCAUGAUUAUUAUUUAAAUAUUAGAUGUGUUGUUUACUGCUAAGUUUGUUGUUAGAAAUGAAUCUCGUCUUGGUGGCUGCAGAACAGAAACAUCCCAUUUGCUGAUGGAAAAAUGUUGUCCUAACUGAUGUCACAAAGUUGCAUGGCUUGUGGAAACAGCAUUGCACAGAACAAUACACAGGACAAUCAAAAACUGUUAACAUCAAUACUGUCGUUUGUCUUAUGUUUUUAAUUUCUAAAAAAAGAAGAAAGAAAAAGCUGGAAAAUGCAGAUUCACUGGAAAACAAAAGCAAAGGCAAGAUUGAAACGCCUAGCAGGAACUAUACAUGUGCAGUAUAUACUAAAAAUGGGCCUUAAAAGUGUCAAACCAUUUUUUGUUCAUUUUGAACUGAUAUUAAAAGACAGUAUAUACA